AUGUCAGCCAUGCAAGAGGUCACCUUGAGAGCUUUUGCAUUAGUCCACAGACCUCAACAUCCAGACGAUCUGUCUGAUAAUGCCAAUAAGAAAGUACGAGUCUCAUCCAUGGGUCAAUCUCAAGCCGAUCAUGCUCCCCCGUCCUAUUGUAAUCAGCAGCAGAAUAACCCUUAUGGUCACCAACAAAACGGUCUCAAUCAUAAUCCACAGAUGCAUAACCUAUCUGAUAUGCGUACUCCUCUCAACUUUGAGAUGAUGGCCAACCCUUCGAUGGUAGGCACAUCGCAGGACCUCACAACAGAUUAUCACCAACGUGGAGCACGUGCUUCUGCUGGUUCUAGUCGUGCUGCAAGACCAGGUUCAGCUCCUUCUUCAAUGCUGAGUACUGUUACACCACCAGCAAGAACGAUGAUACCAACUCAUUCAUCUACAUCUCAAUUAGCUACCCCACUUAUGAAUCAAAUGCGAACUUCUUCAAUCCUCGAUACCCAUAAUCAUCGAGGUUCGCCAUUAAUGGGAAACUCAUCAAACGGACGAAUGCCUAACAAUAUGAUUGGUCAAGCUCAUCCUCAUGUACCUAAUAAUAAUAAUAAUCGACCACCUUCGAUGAUGGAACCUCAGCACGUACUAGAUACACUCGUUCAAAUGGCACAUUUGCAAUAAUCCUUUUACUUUUUCUUUUCCCUUUACCAAAACCAUUUCCCU